CGAAAGCACGCAACACCAGCACGCCAUCCCGGCCUGCGAGCUCGACACCCGGAUGCGCAGGUUCCAUGUAGCCCUUGCUCAACCGCCACUCCCGGACUCUGCUCCACCUAAAGUCAACGUCUUGCGUGCUCGCUCCGCUGCCGACCUCUAAGAUGGCGUCAGACCGCACACUUCCCUUGGAUUCUGGCGCAACAACCCCCUUCGCAGACCCGCCCACUCCCGUGCGCCGCAACCCGUCCUGGCACAUUGAUCCUCUGCCCUCUUCUGCUGAGAUGACGACCAUCACCACCUUAAAUCCUCACACCGCCCUGCUUCGAGGUCACGACCAUGAGGGCCCUCUAGCCCGCUCCCGUCACGAUCCCGCCGACAGCGCUGGCCACGACGAGCCCUUUGUGAAUAAAAACGCCUCUGAAAAGCGGAACAAGAUGAUCACUCCGUACCUCGCUCAGCACAUCCCUCAACAAUACAACCCCUUGGGAGCCGAGACGCACCUCCCGCGAUCCGUCGACGCAAACACAAAGUUUUGUUACCGCCACAGACCAGAUCUCCUGUGCAGGAGGCAGGCCGAUGGGCCGACUAUGGAGCAGCUGCAGGUGGAACUUGGGCGUGAGUCGCAAGAAGAUCAGCAGAGCAUCGCCAAUGUGUGGUCGCUCUUCUCAGCCGCACCCUCCAAACACCGCAACCUUAUGCUCCAGGGCAUAUUAGCACAGUGUUGCUUCCCGCAGCUCUCCUUCAUCUCAUCGACUGUCCGCAACCUCAUCAAGAUCGACUUUCUGUCCGCCCUGCCGACAGAACUAGGCUUCAAGAUCCUCUGCUAUCUGGAUACCACCUCUCUCUGCAAGGCCGCCCAAGUGAGCCGACGAUGGCGACAGCUCGCCGACGAUGACGUCGUGUGGCACCGAAUGUGCGAGCAGCACAUUGACCGGAAGUGCACAAAGUGUGGCUGGGGACUCCCUCUCCUCGAUCAGCGCAGACUUCACAAUGAGAAGAAACGGAUGCAGCUGCGGGCCUCGGGUCAAGGCCUCAUAGACCGGUCGCCGGAUAUCACGCCUGCUCCAGAAGGGGCCGCCGAUGCCAACACGGACUCUAGCCUUCCGGACAGACCGGCAGGCACUAAAAGAACCCGUCCUGAUGAGCCAUCCCCGCCCGAGCCAUCAGCCAAACGCAGUUGCAGCAAGCAGAAGUCCGACGAGCAACCAUCCUAUCUCGACCAGCCGAAAAAGCGGCCUUGGAAGGAUGUUUACAAGGACCGUUUCAAGGUUGGCACCAACUGGAAGUACGGUCGCUAUUCUACCAAGAUCCUCAAAGGCCAUACGAAUGGAGUCAUGUGCCUCCAAUUCGAUGAUCGUGUGCUCAUGACGGGCUCGUACGAUGCAACCGUCAAGAUCUGGGACCUGGAGACGGGAGAAGUGAUCCGGACGCUCACCGGGCAUACGCAGGGGAUCCGUUGCCUGCAUUUUGAUGAUGCUCGCCUCAUCACGGGCAGUCUGGACCACACCAUCAAGGUGUGGAACUGGAGGACCGGACAGUGUAUCAAUACGUUCGAGGCCCACUCCCGAGGCGUUAUCGGCAUACACAUGGCAGAUAAACUUCUGGCAUCCGGGUCUUCGGAUAGCACCAUCGUGGUUCAUGACUUCAACACGUACAAGCGUUUCGUGCUGCAUGGGCACAGCGACUGGGUCAACUCGGUCAAGAUUGACCUCCCGUCCCGCACCCUCUUCUCCGCCUCGGACGACUGCACAGUCAAGCUUUGGGAUCUGGAUACCAAGGCAUGUAUCAAGACGUUUGAAGGUCACGUGGGACAGGUGCAGCAAGUCCUCCCCCUGCCGGCCGACUUUGAGAUCGACGAGGAAGACUUUGUGGCGCUUGCGAAUAAUGACGCUUCGGACACUGCGUCGUUGGCCUCGGAAAGGCGGGCGCGUACCUCGACUCCUGAAGCGCUGGAAGAGCCUUUCUUCCCUCACGACCCGGAUCGGCCGAAACCCCCUUCAUAUAUGUUGACGGGUUCGCUGGAUGGAACCAUUCGGCUGUGGCAUGUCCCCAGCGGGCGCUGCAUCCAUCGCUUCUUCGGCCACGUGGAGGGGGUGUGGUGCCUCGCUGCCGACACACUCCGUCUGGUCUCUGGCGCCGAGGACAAGACGGUGAAGAUUUGGGACCCAAGGACGGGAAAACAUGAACGCACCCUCACCGGGCACACGGGUCCUGUGACGUGUAUAGGAUUGAGCGAUUGCCGGCUGAUUAGUGGGAGCGAAGACGGGACGAUUCGAAUGCAUUGCUUCUUUGACGAGUCGGAAAGGGAGGGCGGCCCGUCGUAACAUGUUGUAUGAUCUCGGGGGAGUAUAGCUCCGUUCGACUAUUUCUGAUUUCACUUUCAUCCAGUAACGGUUCCAAUUGGAAGGUAAAAAGGGUCGCGGGGUUUCUCUUCUGGCUAGACAAAGGUAACUGUGCGCAUGGCUCUGGGUUUCUCAAGCUUUCACUUCAGCGAUUGGUGUCAGGGUUGGACUUGGCAACAGGUGCUUGGAGGUAUGGAUUUUGGGAAAAGGGAUUCAUUUUCUCCUUGCUUGUACGGUAUUCUUUUCUUUCUGGUUUGCUGUUGAUUCUACGCCUCGAUACCCUUCCUCGUCGGUUAUAUAAUGGUGUACCUGGGUUUUCCUAAAGCGUGGAGCUCGGGCAAUUCAACAUGGGAUGUAUUUUGGGGCUAACAUUACGAGGGAUGGGAAUUUGGUAGAUAAGACGGGUUUCUUCCGUGUGUGAGCUGAAAGCCAUGUCCGUCCUCUUGAUGCUUGCUG